AUGUCUUCCUCCACGUCGCAAGGCGUUGUUGACCGUGUCCAGCAUUUCGUCUCCGAGAACAAGCGUACUCUCAUAAUUGGCACAGCAGCAAUUGUUGUUGCCAUCGGUGGUGUCGCGUACCUUGCCUCGACGUCACGGAGCUCCCAAGGAGAUGCUGAGAAGGGAGAGCGCAAGAAGGACAAGAAGAAGUCUUCAAAAAAGCGCAAAACGGUGAAGGAUCAGGAUGGCCCCAUUCUUGAGGAGCGUUCGCCCAAGGUUGCUGAGGAAGAGACGGAGGAGCUCAAGCUUACAGCGGAGCAGAUUGCCCAGAUGUCAACCGAGGAACGGUCAAAAGCUGCCGCGUCAUUGAAGGCGAAGGGCAACCAAGCAUACCAGCAGCGCAAGUUCAGUACCGCCAUUGACCUCUACACUCGUGCGAUAGAAGUCACACCAAAACCGGAACCUGUCUUCUUCAGCAACCGUGCGGCUUGCUAUGUCAACAUCAGUCCUCCUCAACACGAGAAGGUGAUAGAAGACUGCGAUGAGGCACUAAAGCUCGACUCGAAUUACGUGAAGGCGCUGAACCGUCGGGCUACGGCGCUCGAAGCGCUGGAACAAUUUGAAGGAGCAUUGCGCGACUACACUGCCGCCACAAUCCUCGACAAGUUCCAGAACGAGUCUGCAGCGCAGUCAGUUGAACGGGUAUUAAAGAAACUGUCAUCCAAAAAGGCGACAGAUAUACUAUCCACUCGUGUCCAACGUCUUCCGUCCCAUACGUUUGUUUCGGCGUAUUUCGGAGCGUUCCGGUCAAGAUCGCUGCCCGUCCUCCCGGAAAAUUUGUCGACCGGAGAUAACACUUUGAUCUUGUCUCUUCAGGCAUUGACGGCGGGCGACUACAUUCACUCACUGUCACUCGUGAACGAGGCUAUUGAGCAGGGAAUCUCUUGGAACGAGGGCAAAGCAGAGGCGCUAAACCUUCGUGGCACGUACAAGUUCUUGAUGACCGAUGUCGUCGGUGCCAAGGAGGAUUUUCUUGCGUCAAUUGAUCUGCAGCCCUCACUAACUCAGACUUGGGUGAAGAUUGCCAGCGUAUACAUGGAGCAGGGCGAUCCCAAGAAGGCGUUUGAAUGCUUCGAGGAAGCCAUCAAGCAUAACGCCGAUGACCCUGAUAUCUACUACCAUCGUGGUCAAGUCCUGUUCAUCAUGAACGAAUUCACAGAAGCGGCACAAAAUUACACGAAGUCCACUGAGCUGGAUGACCAAUUCGUGUUUAGCCACAUCCAACUCGCGGUCGCACAGUACAAAGCUGGUAAUUUAGUGAACAGCAUGGCGACAUUCCGAAGGACGCUCAAGGCGUUCCCGGGGCGUAGCGAGCCACAGAACUAUUACGGCGAGCUUCUCUUGGAUCAGCAGCGGUUCCAAGAUGCCGUGGAGAAGUUCGAUCGUGCCAUCGAACUCGAGAACUCGAAGCCACCACCGAUCAAUGCGUUGCCCCAAGUUAACAAGGGGCUCGCGCUGUACCAAUGGAAGCAAGACAUCGGUGCUGCCGAGCGUUGUUGCCAGGAGGCGCUGCGGAUCGACCCAGAAUGCGAGGCGGCAGUGGCGACCCUUGCCCAGCUUAGCUUGCAACAGGGUAAGAUUGAUGUUGCGAUGGAUAUGUUCGAGCGUCAGGCGGAUCUCGCUCGAAGCGAACCGGAGCUUAUGAAUGCACUCACAUAUCAAUUUGCCACGGCCGCUCAAGUCGAGUUCAUGAAGAACUAUCCGGCGAUGGCUGGCCAGCUGAACCAGAUGGCAAGAAACAUGAUGUGA